UUUAAAACCACACUACCCAUGAAGCACCUGGAAUCACAACAAACGUGCUAAUGCCAAACAUUCCACUCAAUGAAGCCGGCAUCUUAAUUCUCGCUGCGACAUGAGGUGUUGUUUCCUGUAGCCAGCUAUGGCACCAGGGGAUGUGGUGCCAGACCAUGCCAAGCAGCUGAAGUCCAAAGAGAAGCGGCCUGGAAACAGGGCAUCAAAAGCAGACUGCGAGCCAGAUGGCUCCUUUGUCUUCGAGGCUCACGAGGCUUGGAAGGACUUCCAUAACUCCCUCAGGCACUUCUACGAAGUGGGUGAGCUCUGUGACGUCACGCUCAAGGUUGGCAGUAGGUUGAUACCAUGUCACAAGCUAGUGCUGGCUUGCGUUAUCCCUUACUUCAGGGCCAUGUUUCUGUCAGAGAUGUCGGAGGCCAAGCAGGAACUGAUAGAGAUCAAGGACUUUGAUGGUGAUGCCAUCCAGGACCUGGUGCAUUUUGCCUACUCCUCCAAGCUCACAUUAACUGUGGACAAUGUCCAGCCUCUGCUUUAUGCUGCCUGCAUCCUUCAGGUGGAGUUGGUGGCAAGAGCCUGCUGUGAGUACAUGAAGGCCCACUUUCACCCCACCAACUGCCUUGCAGUUCGUACUUUUGCAGAGAGCCACAAUCGCGUGGACCUGAUGGACAUGGCUGACCGCUACGCCUGCGAGCAUUUCACUGAAGUAGUGGAGUGCGAGGACUUCACAUGUGUGUCUCCCCAGCACUUGCGCACAUUAUUAUCCUCCAGUGAGCUCAAUAUCCACUCAGAGACACAGGUGUACAAUGCAGCGGUGAAAUGGCUGAAAGCGAACCCACAGCACCACGAGGCCUGGCUGGACCAGAUCAUGUCUCAGGUACGCCUCCCCCUGCUCCCCGUAGAGUUCCUGACUGGAACAGUGGCUAAAACUGAAAUGAUCAAAGGUAACUUGAGUUGUCGUGAUCUGAUGGACGAAGCCAGGAACUACCACCUCCAUCUCAGCAACAAGGUGGUGCCUGACUUUGAGUAUUCAAGCCGUACCAUACCCCGGAAACACACUGCAGGGGUAUUGUUCUGCGUGGGUGGCCGGGGGGGUUCAGGCGACCCAUUUCGCAGCAUUGAAUGCUACUCCAUCACCAAGAACAGCUGGUUUUUUGGCCCUGAAAUGAAUAGCAGACGGCGUCACGUGGGUGUGAUAUCUGUAGGAGGCAAAGUUUAUGCUGUAGGGGGCCAUGACGGUAAUGAGCACUUAGGCAACAUGGAGAUGUUUGAUCCCCUCACCAACAAGUGGAUGAUGAAAGCCUCGAUGAACACAAAGAGGAGGGGUAUAGCCCUGGCAGCUCUUGGUGGUCCUAUCUAUGCUAUUGGAGGUCUGGAUGACAACUCCUGCUUCAACGACGUGGAGCGCUAUGACAUCGAAAGUGACUGCUGGAGCGCUGUGGCGCCGAUGAACACACCCAGGGGAGGAGUGGGAUCUGUGGCACUGGGGAGUUUUGUGUACGCAGUUGGAGGUAACGAUGGCGUGGCAUCGCUGUCAAGUGUGGAGAGAUUUAACCCUCACCUCAACAAAUGGACAGAGGUCAGCGAGAUGGGCCAGCGGCGGGCUGGGAAUGGAGUCAGCAAACUUAACGGCUGCCUCUAUGUAGUGGGUGGUUUUGACGACAACUCACCCCUGAGCUCUGUGGAGCGAUUUGACCCACGAAUGCACCGCUGGGAGUAUGUGUCUGAGCUGACCACCCCACGCGGUGGAGUCGGGGUUGCAACUGUGAUGGGAAGAGUGUUUGCAGUCGGGGGCCACAAUGGGAACAUUUACCUGAACACGGUGGAGGCUUUUGAGCCUCGAAUGAACAGAUGGGAGCUGGUGGGUUCAGUGUCCCACUGCCGCGCCGGAGCCGGAGUGGCCGUCUGCUCGUCUCACGUCAGCCAGAUCAGGGACGUCGGACAGGGCUCCAGCAACGUGGUCAACUGCAUGUGACCACCGCUCCACUUUGCUACCAGGUGACUGCCUGACUGCCAGGUCACCAUCAGAUCCAAUCACUGCACAAGCACACAAACACAAAGCACACACAGACAGUGACACAGCAACAUUAUUACUGUCGACACUGUCUGAACAUCAGCCUCAAACCGAUUAAGGCUGAUCUUCAGUUUGCACUUGGUGACUGAGGGAUAUUAGGGAGAUUUAGGUACUUGAAGUGCACAUCUGACAAAUCUGAAGUCUUCUCUGAGAAAAAAAUGACACAUUCAAGACAUUAUUCUUGACUCGUGCUGGUGUUAUUUGCAAUCAGUGAUGUAGUAUUUUGUACUGUAUUUUCUUUUGUCUCGCCUUGACAUGGUUUUGACUUUUUUUAAAGGGAAAAUAGAAGCUGAGCCUUGUAUUUAAUACUAACCUCUUGAGGAUGAGAGGUGAGCUUGGAUUCACUAGUGCUACUUACGUGCACAUAAUGAACAAUGGGUUGUGCAGCGGGCCAGUAUGAAAGCAUUGUCUCUGGAUUACUCUGAGGGUUGUUUUCAUUAUCCGCAGAGAUGUGACAAAUCAGUCAAACAUUCAUACUGGAUUCAGCACCUUGUUUGCAGCGGAGCAUGUGAAAUUUAAACACUAACAUUUUCAUCAGUCAUUGUCAGGUUUAGAUGUCAAAUACAUUUCUAAGAUUCCUGUGGUCUUUUCCAAGGGUAAGUGAAAGCAUCAGUUAUGGCAGUUCCAGCUGCAGUAAGCUGGUUCACACCUGAGCAGUUCCAGCUGGUGGUUUGCCUGUAAUUGUGUUUGAACAAUCAUUUAAAGCAGAUUGGGACAAAUCAGUAUCUGGUUAGGAGGUGACGGAAAAAAGGAAUUUAACUGCUACAGAGUGCCAACACAAAAAAAGCGAGUCAGUCACCUUCACCUUGACCUCAGAGAGGAAGGUUGGAGGACUGAUCAGAGCAAUACGGCACCUCUUCAGUUCUUUUUCAGUUUACAUUAUUAUGUAGAGAUGCGUUCAAACUGACAGGGGCAGGUUUUCAAAUUUAAGAUUUGUGUUUGACGAUAGCUGGACUGUCAAUAAUCCUAGUCGGAGAGUUUUGAGAUGUGUAUGAGAUUCAGCUGAGGUUUGUCUCCACAGACGGUUCUGUUAUAUUUUAAUAUAUGGACAUUUUUGUAUUAUAAAAUAGGUGUAUCUUUGGUAUUAUUCUUUACUACACUAUCUAAUCCAUUGCUGUGCACUAUUUUCCUAGAAUAGAUAUGAAGUCUGAGUAUAUUUUUGUCCUAAAUGGAGAAUUUCAUGUUAUGAGUUUGAGGAUGUUUAUUUAACACUAAUGCCUAUAUCUGCCAUAUCUAAGAAAAAUGUAAUAAUUUUCCCAAUGACAGUUUGUUUUCAGAAUAGGUUGACAGAAUGAUGACUUUAAAACAGAACUGCUAUAUAUGGUUUAUACUAGAAGUAUACAUAUUACUGCACAGUUUGUGUUUAACCAUUAUUAAUACUAUCAAUCAUUUUUACUCAAAUUGAAGUUGUUUCCAACUUUGUUAGCAAAUGAGCCAGAUACUGAGUCUUUUGUAAACUUGACUGUAUUUUGUGUUGUUCUUCCUCCUCUUGACCGCUUCCAUCUUGUGCUUUUUAUUCCCAUGGUAUUGGUAUAAAUUGGUACAAUAAAGUUCAGUGUAAAGUUAA